AAAAUAUGGUGUGGUCCUGGAUGAAAUUAAAGGCAAUGCUUGUCCUGAGCUCCAGGCAGUGAGGAUGUUUGCAGAGUAUCUUUCAAAUGAGAGUCAGAGGGAUGCAAUUGUUGCUGAGCUGGAUAAGAAAAUGGCCAAAAGUGUUGAUGUGACCAACACAACCUUCCUGCUGAUGGCUGCUUCCAUCUACUUCCACGACAAGAACCCCGACGCAGCCCUGCGCACCCUGCACCAGGGAGACAGCCUGGAGUGCACAGCCAUGAUGAUCCAGAUCCUCCUGAAGCUUGACAGGCUCGAUCUGGCCCGCAAGGAACUGAAGAAGAUGCAGGAGCAGGACGAGGAUGCGACCCUCACCCAGCUGGCCACAGCCUGGGUCAAUCUGGCCACGGGUGGGGAGAAGCUCCAAGAUGCUUACUACAUCUUCCAAGAGAUGGCAGACAAAUGCUCCUCCACCCUCCUGCUGCUGAAUGGACAAGCAGCCUGCUACAUGGCCCAGGGCAAGUGGGAUGAUGCUGAAGGAGUGCUUCAGGAGGCACUGGACAAGGACAGUGGCCACCCUGAGACCCUCAUCAACUUCAUUGUUCUGUCACAGCACUUGGGCAAACCACCAGAGGUCACCAACCGCUACCUGUCCCAGCUGAGGGAUGCACACAAAACCCACCCCUUCAUCAAGGAGUAUCAGGCAAAGGAGAACGACUUUGACCGCUUGGCCAUGCAGUAUGCCCCCAGUGCCUGAGGAGAGGGCCAGGAGCCUGUGGAGCUGCCCUGGGAGGUGGGCUUCAUCUGCAGAACCUCUCUGGCAGCACCAAAAAGUGCCCCCUGCCCCUCCCUGAUCUGGCUUAAGGCAUCAUGGCAGGGCCUUGUGACCCAGCACGCCGGAGCUAAACCUGCCUGUACCACAGAGCCCCUUGAAUGUGGCUGCUCUGUGCCUCAAACGUUCCUAAUAAAGCCUUUUCCAUA